AUGAAGGGCAGCAGCAGGGCCAGGCUGGACCAGCCGGCCUUCAUGGAGCAGGUGCGGGAGUGCCGGGACAAGGGCUACCUGCUCUCCUGCAAGAAGAUUGGCUCGGGUGCCUUCUCCAAGGUCUACCUGGCCUAUGCCACACACGAGCGGAUACAGCACAACCCCAGGCUGUCCUCCGACCUGCGGGGCAAACACCACACCAUGGUGGCCAUCAAGAUUGUCUCCACAGCGGAGGCCCCCAUGGAGCUCUCCUGCAAGUUCCUGCCCCGUGAGAUCUCAUCCCUCAACGCUACCUACAAGCACCUGAACGUGGUACAGCUAUACGAGACAUACCGGAACGGCAAGCGCUCCUACCUGGUGCUGGAGCUGGCGGCCCGUGGGGACCUGCUGGAGCACAUCAACACUGUGUCAGACCUCCGCGGCUACCCGGGGCUGGAGGAGGACGAGGCCCGCAGGCUGUUCCGGCAGCUGGUCAGCGCCGUGGCACACUGCCACAGCGCAGGCGUUGUGCACCGGGACCUAAAGUGUGAGAACAUCCUGCUGGAUGACCGAGGCCUCCUAAAACUGACUGACUUUGGCUUUGCCAACUGCACGGGGUUCAAGAACACACUGCUAAGCACCUUCUGUGGCUCAGUGGCCUACACGGCCCCAGAGAUCCUCAUGAGGAAGAAGUACAGCGGGGAACAAGCGGACCUGUGGAGCCUAGGUGUCAUCCUCUAUGCCAUGGUGACGGGGAAGCUGCCCUUCAAAGAGCGCCAGCCCCACCGCAUGCUGCACCUGGCACGCCGAGGCCCCACCUUCCAACCCGGCCUGUCCCCAGAGUGCCAGGACCUAAUCCGCGGCCUGCUCCAGCUACGCCCGCACACACGCCUCGACCUGCAGCAGGUGGCGGCGCACCGCUGGAUGCUGCCCGCCACGCACGCUCUCUUUCGCAACGUGCUGGGCACCGUGCCAGGUGCUGGCCAGGCCACGGGGACCCGAUGGGUGGGCGAGCCCCCUGCGCCCCUCCUGACCCCGCAGCCGCGCAUUGCAGAGAAACGGAUGAAAUGCAAGUUCCCAGCGGCCGCAGACGACGCAGAGCCCUGCACGGAUUCGGAGCCCCCAGGGCCGCUCCUGCAGCAGCGGCGCCCCCAGCGGCCCGGCGCCCCCCACGAGUGCACCCCCAACCCGGCGCCUGUCUUCCGGGUGCCCAGGCUGCCCGAGGCCCACCUGAGACGAGGGGCGGCUUCCGCCGGGCUGGGGCUCCGGAGCUCGGGGGCGGUCAGUGCUUCCAGGCAGCUGCUCUCGCUGUGCUCUGUGUCUGCCGUCCCGGAAGGACCGAGGAAUCACCCCGUCAACUGA